AUGCGGUGGUCAGUGCCUGUAAUGCGUGUCAGACUACGAGGAAAUGCCCCCGGUGGCACCCCUUCACUCCUGGUCGUGGCCUACUUUAGUGUGGCAGCGUGUCCACAUAGACUUUGCAGAGAAAGACAAGAUAUACUUUCUUGUGGUUGUGGACAGUCACUCUUCAGUUCUUAUGGCCUACCUGAAGAGGUUGUUUCUGAUAAUAGCCCCCAGUUUACGUCAACAGACUUCGAACAGUUCAUGAAACGGAACGGGGUCAAUCAUACCCUAGUAACCCCCUAUCACCCAGCUUCAAAUGGAGCAGCGGAACGCUCAGUCCAGAUCUUGAAACAAUCACUCCAAAAGCAUGUUUUUGAUGGUAAUGAACAAUACACAAUUCAGCAUAGGCUCAGUAACUUCUUACUGAAGUAUCGAUCGACUCCAACGACUGUUACUGGUGUAUCGCCAGCUGAAUUAUUUCUACAACGACAGCUACGCACACCUAUCUCGUUGUUGAAACCUGACACUGGAAGUCGCGUUCAGCGGAAGCAAGCUGAGCAUAAACGACAACAUGACAAAGGGCGAGUUCGGGUUCGAACAUUCUCACCGAAACAGACAGUGCGUGUGAGGAAUUUCCGUGGUGGACAGGAAAAGUGGAUUCCGGGUACGAUAGUGAGACAGUUAAGUCCUCUUACUUAUCUCGUGCGGGCAGGACCAAACAUUCGUUACACCCAUGUCGACCAUAUCUUUGCGUCAGGGGAGGAACUGUUAUCUGACGAUUUGCCCGUGGUGUCGCAAGUGGAUACACCGGUGGUACUACCAGAGACACUCUCGCGUUCUCCAAUACUGUCUAAGGAACCUGAAACACCUAAGGUGCCUAUCUCUGUACCUGACACCUCAGCAGUCGUGGCACCGUUUCCAGCUCCUCGGCUGGAACCGUCGACAAGUAACAUUCAUUCCACCCAGGAACCGUCAGCCCCACAAAAGUUGAACUUGUUCGUUGGCUGUUAG